AUGGGUCCUACUGAGGACCCUUAUUUUGAAGAAGUUCCACCCGAUGAAUUGCAUUUUUACCAGAGAAAAGGAGCACGUAGAAAGAAACGCAUGCCCGACUUUAUCCCCAAGAAAGAUCUCAAAAUCUUGAAUUCCGUCAAACGUAAAGCUUACCGUUUGGAUCUUCAGUUGAGUCUUUGCGGACUUCGACUCGGCUGGGCUGGAGUAAUUGGCCUUCUUCCUUGGGUAGGCGACAUCAUUGCUUGCUGCUUUGCGGUAAUGUUGGUGAAAAAAGCGAAUAGUAUCGACGGCGGACUUCCGGCUGAUCUUCAUAGUCGAAUGAUGAUGAACGUUGCGUUUGACUUUGGAAUUGGAUUGAUUCCUUUGGUCGGAGAUUUCGUCAAUAUCUUGUACAAGUGUAACUCACGCAAUUUCAUUUUGUUGGAAAAGUAUUUGGUGGAAAAAUACGGAAAAGAAGCCAUGGGAAAGACGGGACCAACAGACCCUCGAACGCAAGCCGAAGAGACAAUAAAAGCUAAUGCUCAAGCGCAGGCUCAAGCACGCAUGGACAAGAAUAAACCUUCGCCGGCGCAUGUUACUGUAUAG